GUGUGUCUGUGUGUGUGCGUGAGAUGACGAGAGAGAGGUUGGCUUAUUAUCUCAUGCAAGAGCCCGGACAGUCGGAUAGGUCCUCCCACCGGUGUCUGCCUAUUUAUACGGUUAGAAACGCAGCCAGGGGUCGUGAUAACAGGACGCGACUGGGACAUAAAGACAUUCAUCACAGCGCGUGCCGGCUCUGGCCCAGGCUCCAGCCAUGCCUCUUCUGGAAGAGACCACUCUGCGACAAGAGCACCCACCCACUGUCCCCGUGGUCAUCAUUGGCAAUGGCCCAUCAGGUAUCUGUCUGUCCUACCUGCUGAGUGGAUACAAGCCCUACCUUGAUACAACAACUGUCCACCCAAACCCCAUACUGUACAGGAAGCUGCAGGAGACCAAGCACCUAUCCAUCACUGAACAGGAUCUGGAAUAUUUGAGUGAAGGUCUCGAGGGGAGAUCGAGGAACCCUGUGGCUGUGCUUUUUGACACACUUCUACACCCCAAUGCUGACUUUGGCUACGAGUUCCCUCCUGUCCUUCAGUGGAGGAGGGACAAGCAACAGCACAUCCCACAUCUGGUGCUCGGGAGGGCAACACCUGGAGGUGCUUGGCAUGCAAUGGAAGGCUCCAUGCUGACUAUUAGUCUUGGUAUCUGGAUGGAGCUUCCCGGUGUUAACUAUAGAGACUUGACAAACGGGAAACGCAGGGAUGUAACCAGUGACAGAGCCACCCCAGAGGAGAUAUCAUCCUAUUAUCGUAACUAUGUGAAGCUAAAGGGCCUCCAAAAGAAUUUUGUUGACAACACCUACGUGACCUCUGUCCAGAAACUCAGCCGGGGGCAUGAGGGGGAAGGUCUGGAGAAUGGGCACACUGAUCAAGGAGAUGGAGGGGUGGUAGAUGGUGGGAAUGAAGGCUUUGAGGUAAAUGGAGUUGAGUGUCUCAACAAGGGAGGAGGGGGGGCUCUCUGGGAGGUAAGGGGAUACCAGCAGGUGCAGAACGACACUCAUGUUCCCUUCUCUCUGUUUGCUGAGAAUGUAGUUCUGGCCACCGGUGCAUCUGAUUCACCAGUUCGAUUAGGCGCAGAAGGGGAGGACCUACCGUUUGUAUCCCACAGCAUCUCAGAUUUGGGUUUGGCUGUAAGCCUGAGAAAACUGGAUAUGAACUCUGAUCCGGUUUUAAUUGUAGGUGCGGGUUUAAGUGCUGCAGACGCAGUUCUGUGCGCUUGUAACAGCAACAUAAGAGUGCUUCAUGUCUUUCGUAAGAGCGUAGACGACCCAGACCUCAUCUUCAAACAGCUGCCCAAGACCCUGUACCCAGAGUACCACAAAGUCUAUAACAUGAUGUGCUCUCAGACCUACACAAACGUGGCUCCCUCCUCUGCUUCAAACAGACCCCAGGCUGUAAGCAUUGCCUCUUCAGUAUGUGCCAAGAUGUGCCCAAAGCCCCAACUUGCCACAGGUAACAUGGCUGGUAAUGCCAGUGUCAGCCUGUUUCCUGACUACACCAGUUUCCCUGAACACUGCGUGGUGUCCUUCCAGUCUGACAUGAAGUGUUUGCUGCAGGGGAACAACUCCCUCAAGGCAUUCAAGAUCUCCAUGGCACUAGUGCUGAUCGGGACCAACCCUAACUUGUUUUUCUUGAAGGGUCAGGGCCAGUACCUGGGUCAGGAUCCGACAAAACCCAUCUCUUGCACGCAGAACCCCAUUGACAUCCACCCCUACACUUUUGAGUGCACCAAGGAGCCAGGUCUGUUUGCCAUGGGCCCGCUAGUGGGAGACAACUUUGUUCGCUUUUUGAAGGGUGGUGCUUUAGGCAUUGCCUCCUGUCUGCUGAAGAAACUCAAGAAGAAAGAGAAACUCAUCAGCAAUGGAGGGAACAACUUCAUUUGAUGGAUAAAAGAGCAGUACACGUUGGUCGUAGGGCACAGAUUUCAAGCGCCUCUUACCAACUGAUGUAAAGGGUGAAGGGGGAAACGAGUUUUAAUAUGUUUUAAUCAUUUAGGCAGUGUUUUUUCAUUAAAGCUAAGGCAUUUUUACAACUUUCUGAGACCAAAAAGACAAUGGAUGUACACUAAUUAGUUUCUAAAGAAACAAAAGACAGCUUUCAACAGUCUUGUCUGACUUCAUAAGAAGUCCCCAGAAGUCCAAGCUACCAUGUGCCAAUGUUUUCUAGUCAAUCUGUAACCUCACAACUGAAUGGGACCUUAUUUUCAUCAGGGUUAUUUAUUCGUUCACCAUGUGUCUUUCAAUCCAUUUACUAACAACAGUUAAAUGUUUGUCGUAUCACACUUUAAGUCUUAUUUUAGCUUUGCCUUUAGGAGAGGGGAAUGCUCAAAAGUAGAGGCCACUGUGCUCAUCCUCCAUGCAACUUAUAGCUAUAGUUGUGAGGGCAAUCUGGUAUAACACAAAGUUACAAUCGUCUGACCUCUAAGAUAAACAACUCGGAGUGGUAAAUGUUUGCAAUAGUGGACACAAGAUUUAUCUCAAAACGUGACAAAGCAAGUUCAUGGCUAAGCAAUCUAAAUGUUCCUGAUUAUUCUGAGCCUACCGUUAUUUUUAAACUUCAGAGGAUUCUUUGUUUAGCUGCUAUUGUAGGUAGUUGGAGCCAUAUACCUAAAAAACUUUAAGUCUAAUAAAUCUGACCUGCUGCUUUGGUUACAGUGAUACUGACAGGAUUUCUAUGCAAACAAUUUCCCUUGCAGAUCUGAAUGUAUUCUUGGGCACCCACUGACAAUUUUACCAUUUAGAUUCAAGUAUCCUGGCAAAAGACAGACACUCAUUAAAGGAUCAUUCUGGUGUUUUACACUUUUCUUCUUUUUAAAAAUGUAUUUCUAUACAGUACGCACAUCUUCAGAUGUAAACUUCAGUGAAAAUCUUGGCAGUUUUUAACAUUUGUUUAGAUUUACAUUUAGAGCAACGGCAAAUGUAAUUGCAAGAUUACUAGGGGCCAGGGCACAUGCCACCUAGAAAUGCGAGAUCGAGCACUGGGUGCUACUCUUGCCAGUACUCUGUGCCAACUUUUAAGGGUGUGCAGGCAGGUUGCAUCUGAAGUUUUUAAGUGACCAUAACCAGCACCGUAUCAUAGCCUACUAACCAGAAAUCCUGAGUUUGGAGCUGAUCUUCUUCCAGCUGUUGUUUUUCAAGUGUGUAUUAGGCCUAAAAUGUUUUUUCAUAUUUAGUAUAGACUUAUGUUAAUGGCAGAAAGGGAAGAUACUGGCUGUGAUUGGUUGUUCCUCGUCAUAUGACAUGCAGUGUGCAUUGCUGUGUUGCAAAAGUUAAACUUUGAGUAUCUCAGGCCGCAGCCAUAGCACCCUGAAAAACAGGCACUUGGAAACACUCAUGUGCUGUGACAGCGCUUUCGCUUUUGAGCGUGCCUUUGACGCAUCUACAGAGAAAACACUAGAUUUGAGAACGCUUAAUGCACAUCCUAAUUUUCCCCACUGAUAGUGCUUGCUUUUUUUUAAAAAAAAAAUUUGGUUCAUUUGGCAGCCAGCUUUCAAUUCUGAGACAUGGAAACUUCUCAUCAAAAGAGCCCACGCUAACGUGUGUUACCCCACAAUGAUGUAUUUUGGCAAAAUCAAGAUGGGCAUGGUUUUCACUGAGAGGGUUCAUUAGUGGUAAAAUAUGAUUUCUAGAAGACAGGAUAAAACAGCAGCAUGGUAAUUUACCUUAAUAUCACCCAUUACAUCAUGACUGGAAUAUCAUGAAAAAGUAAAACAAUUCUUGCCUUCACAAUCCAUUUAUCUAAACACUUAAAAUUUUCUUGUCAUUUAAGCCAGUUAGUGCGAGCUGACUCUAAACCAUUAUAGAUACACAUGAAGAAAAGGGGCUCUCCAUGACACAACAGAAAAGCACACUUGCUGAAUACCCAUUUUUACAAUCAUACCAUAUAAAUCAUUUAUUUUUAUAUUUUUAGCAAACCAAAUCUUAGCAUUCUCUUUGUAUUUUUAUAAUUGCAUUACACCGUAUUUUCAGCAUGUUGUGGCUAUCCCUGUGAAAGCUAACACCUGUGCUCCAUCUUAGAGCUAUUUAAUCUACCUACUGGGCAAUAUGUUAAUUUCUUAUUGUCUAUCACUGUAGUCAUAACAUAUGUUUAUUUCAAAUUUGUAAAACAUGGCACACAACAUUGUUUACUAACAUAGAAACUGCAAACUCUAAUAACUGGGCUGAGAUACACCAACUCUAGAUGUGUGUAUAUAUAAAAAAUCUUCUUCCAUUUUUAAUACAGCCUCACAGCAAACAGCCAAGUGCCAAAUCAGACAGAUGGUGAGCAGAGACAGUAGCAAUCUAUUCUUCAUUUCCACUGUAUUUUUCUUCCUU